AUGUCAUCGAAUGAUAGGCGAACAUGAACAAAAGAAGUAACUUUUAUUUAGGAAGAUGAGGCAAUCAAGGAGCUAGUCCUUGGUAUGGGCAUCCACAAAUGGUGUCAGGUCUCUGCUCUUCUCAAAAAGCAUUACGGAAUCAAAAACAGAACUGGAAAGCAGUGCAGAGAACGAUGGCAUAAUCAUCUCGACCCUUCAAUCAAAAAGGAGCCCUGGACCCCAAAAGAAGACAAACUGAUAUUAGACCUUCAAAAAAGAUUUGGAAAUAGCUGGUCUGAGAUAGCCAAAUACUUGCCAGGUCGUACAGAUAAUUCAAUUAAAAAUCGGUUUUAUAGCACCAUUAGAAGAAACUUGAGGAAGUUCAACAGGAAAAGGCCAAAAAGCCUAAAACUUACAGGACCUCUCAAAAGUAUCCUGAAAGACACUGAAACAGUCGAAUUAAUUUUUAGCGAAAAGGCUCCGCCAAGAAAUAAAGGCUACAAGGAAGAUGAAGAGAAUUCAGAAAAUGAAAGCCUUUAUGAGUCAAGAUCCGAGUCAUCACAUGAAGAGGAGCUGAAAGAUGAAAAUGAAAUUCCAGACAUCGCCAAGUUAGUAACUGAUGAAACAGCAGCGACAGUUACAAACAUCAUUGCUGCCCCAGUACCAUAUGUCCAAAAUAUUGAUGUACAUAAUCAAACUUACAGUCCUAAUGUCAUAUUUAGCUAUCCAAUUGUAAAUUACGGAAAUGCCCUACAAUGCUGGCAUCCUUAUACAGCAGCUUGGGUCAAUUAUUUGAAUCUCAAUAUGGUUCAAGAUUGAGCUCAAAACAGUAUAAAGUUCAGUAGAUAA